GACAGUGCAAAUAAUGGAAACGGACAUCUAUUAUGUAAAUUUUGAAAAAAGAAAUACUGAUAUCGCAACUGGACCUCCACUACCAAGUUGCAACCAGUAUGAAAGAAUAGAUCCACAAACUGGACCUCCACUACCAAGACGCUAUCAGGAUGAAGGAAAUGCUCAACAAACUAGACCUCCAGUACCAAGUCGCAGCCAGGAUGAAGUAAAAGCUCAAAAGUGCAGAGGAAGCAGGUGUUUGGUGUUGAUGACAGUGUGUCUUGGGAUCAUUUGUGUUCUUCUGCUGGUCGGCAGCAGUAUAGCAGUAGCACAGUACUUCAUGGUCGCAGCAGAGAGAGAAUCUCUGUUCAAGAGUAACAAGAACACAGUUGAAGAGUUCAAUCAGACCAUCAACAGAUUACAGCACAAUUACACUGAACUAAUGACUGAAAAAGACCAACUGAAGAACAACUUCACCUCUCUGAGUCAGAAGAAACUGGAGCUGGAAAGCAACGUGACAUCUCUGAGUGAUGAACUACAGAAAGCUUAUGAAAAAGGAUAUCUGUGGGGUUGGUUUUUCAUAUCCAAUGAGUCAAAGAGCUGGUCUGACAGCAGGAAGUACUGCAGGGAUCAAGGAGCUGAUCUGGUCAUUAUCAAGAGUGAAGAGAAGCAGAGGUACAUAACUUCAUUAGUCAAUGAAAGAAUGUCGUCUGAAAGAGUGUGGAUUGGUUUGACUGACAUACAGCAGGAGGGCAACAUGAAAUGGGUGGAUAACUCAAUACUGAAUCAAGGGUUUUGGGACACAGGUGAGCCGAAUAACGAGCGUGGAAAUGAGAACUGUGUUGAACUGAUGCCUUCGUAUCCUGUUCUGAACUGGAACGAUCUCCCUUGUUCCAUCGAGAGAAAAGGGAUUUGCGAGAAAUAGGGUUCAUCCCAUUUGUGUUUUUGGGUGUAUUAUUUUAUAGGAUCAUUCAUAUUGUGAUCACAUAAUUUCUGAUUGAGGUUUAUGCCUUUAAUUUCAUUUUAUAUAAACCACU